GUGUGCCAAUACUGUCCCAGCCCUAGCAGGAAGAACACAACCUGCUCAGCAAACAUAUUAAAGGCAACGAUAAAGGAGAUGUCAGACAGAAGGGGACAUUUGCAUUUUAGACUCAAUUAUGCUGAAGAGUUCAGACUCAAAAAGGACUUUGAAAGAUUGCUAAAACGUCCCCAAAGAGAUUCGAGACCAGCCAUAACGGAAUCCAGGCCUGGUAGUGAUUUGGCUUCUUCUCGGUGUGAUCGCCUUGAUUCUGCUCAUAGUCUAAGGUCUGGCAUUAUAAAUGAUAUCUCAGGCCUCACUUGCAAAUCUCCAGAUACUGUUAAAAGUCCUGACCACAUAGAUCAGAAUCCUAAUUUGAGAGGAAGGCCAAUAUUGCAAAAUGUAAGAACAUUACCUCAAAAUACUGUAGAAGAAUACAGAGACUACAGAGAGCCUCAGCAUGACCCUUUUCAUACUAACCUUGAAAGAGUAACAUUGGACAGCCAUCCAAAAAUGCCAGCUAUUGCAUCAGUAGCUGGAACAACCAAGUGUGUGUCAGUGUUUGUACGUCCAGAACCUCCUGCAAAGCCCAGGUCUUGUGUUCCCCAAAUACCCUCCAGGCCACGUAUUUCUAAAAAGCCCCCAGCAGGUAAGAAGGAGAAAGAGAUUUCCAAACCAACAAGUAAUGUGUACCCAAACCGCAAGAAACCCGUGAAUGCAAAAACUCACCGCACGUCUUCACCAGACAGUAAUAUUAGUAGUUCUUCCACUGAUUCCGAUUCAGAGGACAGUGAUUAUUCUAAAAGUAGAAAAAAAAGCCGUAAAAAACAGAAGAAAAGAGUAUUAAAAGAAGAGGACACGUUAUAUGCAAAAGAGAAAUUCAUAGCGGAAGAAAUUGUUCCUUCUGAUGUCCAGAGUUCUGGCACACAGAUUUCCGAGACAACCGAAUCACUGUCACAUGAUGGACAAGGUAGUAAAAUAAUAGACACCCCCCCAGAACUGAGAAUUCCUCUGACACCUCCUGUGAAGGCCAAAGCUAGAUCAGUGGAUGAAAUUAUAGCAUCUCUAAGGUCUCCCCAAACAUAUACUGCAUCUGAUCUCAAGAUAAAGCAACUAAUGGAGAGUGUACUAGGUCUACCCUAUGACAUUACAGUUAAGGAAGUUGCAGAAGAGGAUGUACAAGAGACGCAGGAUUCAAAGGAGCUUCCAUCGACCGAGUUUCUCCCUCCAGAACAGGUUUCAAGCCUGGAUGUUCCACAGGCCAGUGACACUGUGUCUAGAGAGAUCACUUCUAUCGAAAUCACCUGUGAAGCACCAUUCUCGGAUAUUGAUACCUCAAUCCAAGACAAAUCCAUCUCUGCUGUUGAAGAAUCUGUAAUGACAGAACUGGAAGCAAAAUACAUCCUGGAAACACCAUCACAGGUCUCUCUCUCUGACAUCAUUAAGGUGAAAGGAGACGCAGUGCCACUGAAAACACGAAAGAAUGUCAAACUUCAUAGUCCUGCGGCGCUGCUUGCCACCUGGGAACCAACAACAACAGAACAUGAUCAGAAAACAAUUCAUCAUUUCUGCACGGCUUCGCCCAGCCAUAUAUUACCCAGCAACCUGCAGCUAGCUUCACGAAUACAUCACACGGUGGAUAGAAAAGGCCACCACACGUCUAUUGCUGGUAAAGAAGACCUCCCAAACAUGGAUCUAAGGAAGUUCCCAACUGGUGCAAAAUCCGAUGACAAAUUACAGGAGGAACUAAAAGAUUUAACUGGGAUUCUAGAAACGGGAGUAUCUAUCUCAGCGUUACAACUUCAGAACCAGACUGGGAGUGUUCUCCGCAAGCCACCACACAGUGCUCGCAGCUUGGAGGACUGGCAGAAAAUUGCUGAAUAUUAUGUAGAAGGACCAUGGAUGGAACUUGUUGGAGAAAAAGCAAUAAUGAACUCUGAGACCUUAAAGAUGUUUUGGGCUCCAGCACCUCCCAAAUUUUCAGCACCUCUGUCACAUAUUCAAAGAACUUUAUUUGAUAAAUAUGAGAGCUGCAUGGAGGAACAAGAAAUGGGAGAUGAAUUCUCCUUUUUAGAAGAGGAGAGUGAAUCGUCAGACGAGGAAGCUGACCCAGAGACUCAAGCACUCAGAGACAGAAUACUGUCUCGGAGGUAUAAUUCACUGCCAGACCUCAGUACCCCAACUGCACUACCAUCAUAUCAUCCACUAAAGAGUUCACUUUCAGUGUCUGCUCCAGACAUAUCUGAGCACAGGGAUACACAAUUCAACUUGUCAGCUGACUUUCAGACUAGCAUGAAAGAACUUGAAUUAUUAAGGCGGCUGUCGCAGAAGCAAGCAUCAACCCCAAACCUUUAUCCAAAUCUAGACACUGAACCAAAUGUCACCCAUGUUACCUCACCAGUACCCACCCCGCCAGAAAACAUCAUUACAAUAUCUUUACCUAAGGAGAUGCAAAAACCUUUAUACCCUCCUCCAAAACCCGACUUAAAAUAUGUUCCUCUCCAUAAGCAGAAGAAAUCUAGGAGAAGAAAACAGCUCGAUCCAGGGAAGCUGCAAAUUAUAUUUCAGCAAUUAAACCAACCACCUCGAACGAUUGAGAGGUCUUUGUCACUUGUAAGACUGCCAACCAGUGUCGGACCUUUUUCUGAAUAUUGCUCUCGGAGAUAUAGUCUUCCCGGUCAACUGGACUUUUCUUCCUUUCGUUACAUGUAUGGUGCAGUUCAUCCAGAAGAGGAUACUCGUGAGUGGGUCAGAGAAAUCUGGAAUAAAUGGUUUGAUGAAGUAUUUCCACCAAGUUCUGCAUCACUGCAAUCCACUGAAGACUAUUUUGAUGAUGCUCGGAAAGAUCUAGAGAAGCAUGAUGGACAGAAAGAGGUUUCAACGAUGCCAGUCCUGGAUUCAGUGCUACCCCUUCUGAUAGAAGACCCAACAGCAACUGUACAAGACGUUGAGACUGAGAUUACACGACUGUCACUUCUGAUAGAAGGAGAAAAAAAACCCUUAGCGAUUCACUACUGUAGAAGAGGUGCACUUUAUAGGAAGUUGGGAAACUUAAGGAUGGCCCUUCAAGAUCUAGAUCUGGCUAUAAAACAGGAACCACAACUGUUAGAUGCAUAUUGGCACAGGCAUUUAAUUUACCUUUUGGAAGGGAAGAGUAAUGAAGCUUUGGAUGACCUAAAUGUCAUUAUUAAAUUUAACAAAACCCACGCAGAUGCCUACCUGUCCAAGGCAGAAAUAUUUAAACAGAAGAAGGAUUUCACUAUGUCCAUCCUGAGUUACAGUCAAGCUCUAAAGUGCCGCCCCCAAGAUGAUGAUAUCUAUUUCCGCAGAGCACUGAUGUACGAAGCACAGGACGAUAUUAUAAUUGCCAUGGAUGACUACGCAAAGUGUUUUUAUCACAAUCCGAGUCGAACAGAUGCCCUCAUGAAACAUGGCUUGCAUUACUUUGAGAACGGCAACUGGACAGCUGCUGUACAGGACUUCACUUCUCUCAUCAAACACGAUUUCAACAAUGCAGAUGCCAGGAUUUAUCGAGGCCGAGCUUACACCAAACUGGGCCAUUAUUCAGAAGCUGUAGAAGAUUACUCAGCUGCAAUUCAUUUUGAUCCCAAUAACUGGCUGGCUUUUUAUUAUCGCGGGUGUUUGCUGCGCAAAGGCAAUCCACAGCAAGCACUGCAGGAUUUCAGCAUUUCUGUUCUUCUUAAUAAUGACUUUGAGAAUGUGAAUGCAUUUCUUCACCGCGGUAUUUUGUAUACAGACCUGGGCAUGUGGACUGAAGCUGCAUUUGACUUUGAGUGUGUUCUUGCUCUCGAUAAAACUGUAGUACUGGCUCAUGUCAAUCUAGGUCUGAUUGCUCUGCAAUAUCAGCAUCGUUACUCUCAAGCUGUCCGCCACUUCUCAGCAGCACUAAGAGUAGAUCCUACAUAUUUACGAGCAUAUCUGUGCCGGGCUCAGGCCUACGAGAAGGCCAAUGAUUUGCACAGUGCUUUGAAAGAUAUAACACGAGCCAUCCAUUUGUGUCCUGACUCACCUCAACCCUACCUCAUCAGGGGACAAUAUCUGUAUGAAAUGAAGAGAUAUGACCUUGCUAGCUUCUGUAUUCACCAUGCAGCUGCGAUGACUCAAGGUUUCUCCCCAGAUCAGCAAGCGUUGGUUCAGUCUUUCUGCCACCAGUAUAACAAUGCCAUUGAAUGCUUGAUAUCUGCCAUUAAAGUCAAACCGACCCCCACACUGUUGGUCCUACUGGGAAAAAUCCAAAUGAAAGCCAAGAAAAACAAGGAUGCAGCUGAAAGUUUUAUACAAGCUUUGGAAGUUCUCGGUUCUUCUGACCAGCAGCAGCCUUCGCCCUCUGAAAAGGCAGAGAUUUUCUACCUUUUAGGUCUAUGCUACAUUGAACAGUUUAAAGUCUUACAGGCUCUUGAUGCAUUUAGCAGCGCAGUUAAAGUUCACUCAGGUUACUGUGAAGCAUAUUAUCAACGUGGGUUGUGCCUUGCCCUCCUUCAUCAAGCAAAUAGUCUAAAGGAUUUCAACAGAGCUCUUGAAAUCAAUUCAAAAUAUUUUCAGGCCUAUUUGUGCCGCGCGGCUUUCUAUGGAUUUAGGAAGAGAUACUCCAAAGCCAUUAUGAAUUGCAACGCUGCAAUUAAAGUACAGCCGGACAGUGUAAGAGCUUACCUAUACAGAGGAGCCUUAAAGUAUCACAUAAAGGCAUAUAAAUUGGCAAUUCAGGAUUUAAACAAAGCGGCUGAGUUGGAUCCAUCCUGUUCUCUAGUGUAUUACAACAGAGGCGUUUGCUACCAUCAGAGUAAGCUGUAUGACAAGGCCCUCACAGAUUAUGGCAUUGUGCUACUUCUGGGAGGAUGGAAGGAAACGGAGAUCAAGGUCCUGGUGAACCGUGGCUUACUUUAUUAUGAACUUUGUGACUAUGCAAAUGCUUUAGAGGAUUUUAAAUCUGUGGCUACAAAAACUCCUGAGGACAUCAAGAUUCAUCAAGUCAUAGGAAACUGCUACCAUAGGCUGCAGGAGUACAAAGAAGCUGUUCAAGCAUUUAACCAGAUGCUGAAAUUAAAUCCAUUGUCACCUGAAGCAUACAUUGGUCGUGGAAAUGCUUAUCUUGAAUAUGGUCACACGAACGCCACAAAGCACGCUCUGCGAGAUUUUAUUAAGGCUCUCCAUUUAAGUCCCAAGUGUAUUGCAGCUCGGAUUUGUCUGGGUUACAAUUUACAGGCUCUGGGAUUCUAUCAGCGAGCAUGGAACCAAUUUACUGUCGCUCUGGAUAUUGAUGCCCACAGCAUGCUUGGGUUUGAAGGUCGUUCCAUUGUCAAUCUUCAGAUGGGAAACACCUUUGCCGCUCUCCAGGAUAUGAAUGCAGCAAUAAAGCUCGGUGUCACAGCACAGCUACUAACAAACCGUGGUGUUAUUCACCAGAUGAUGGGAAAGUUACCAAACGCAAUGAAAGAUUACCAGGCAGCCGUUACAGCUGACCCCACCUACGCACUGGCAUAUUUCAACGCAGCAAACUUAUACCUGCAUAAUCGACAGUUUGUACAGGCCAAACAAUACUACACACAAGCAAUACAAUUGGAUCCUGGAAAUGAAUCAGCAGUCCUAAAUCGAGGAAUUACAAAUAUGCUGUUAAAGGAUUUAGGUGGAGCGUUGCAAGACUUCCAGAAGGUUAUAAAUCUUUGCCCAUUCUCCUCUUCAGUCUACUUUAAUCGUGCUAAUCUGCAUUACAUGAUGAAACUAUAUGAGCAAGCUGAGUGCGAUAUAACCCAAGCUUUAGUUCUCCAACCAGAGGAUCCUUUAAUGUAUAAAUUAAGGUCGGAAGUAAGAGGAAAAUUGGGAUUACAUAACGAAGCCAUUGAAGAUUACAAGCGAGCAAUAACGUUGUUUGAAAAAUCUUGCUAAUUAUUGCACAUACAAACUGACAUGAUUUCUUAGAAGUAUAAUGUAACUUAUGUGGAAAGCCAUCAUUACUUGCACCAAUAAAAACUCAAACCUUUACAAUGCU